GAAAAUGUAUUGUAUAAUAACAUCUAUUGUAGCACUUUUGUAUGUACUGUGGGAUGUCAAUUACUUCCUACGGGUGGCAUUUACUAUUUGUAUUGGUAGAUUGUUUCAAAAGAAGUGCGGUGUUCGCGAUUCUACAACAAUAUACGGAUUUUGCACCACGCAAGAUGUGGACAUCUUUUUGCGUCACAUGAAUAACGCAAGAUACGUUCGAGAGUUGGACUUCGCUAGGUUUCACUUUUACGACCGCACCGGUAUCUACGCCAAUAUUAAGGCUGUGGAUGGGCAUGCUCUUCAGGGCGCUUCCAGCAUUCGGUAUAGAAGAACUAUACCUAUUUUCAGCGCUUACAAAGUAGAGACGAAGUUGGUGUACUGGGAAGAUACAACUCUUUUCAUUGAACAGAAAUUCAUAACUUUGAAUGAUGGAUUCGUGCGCGCCGUCGUGCUGUCUCGUCAGAAUUUGAUCAACGUCAACGUAGAGAGACUUUUUAGAGAUAUUCCUGGAGCUGAUCAAAAACCUGAAUGCCCAGAAGAAAUCAAGCACUGGUUGCAGUCUAUCGAAAUUUCAAGUGCGAAAUUAAGAAAAAAAGAUUAAGGGACACCCCCAGACAGUAAAUUAUUGGAUCUAUUUAUUGUUUUCUUUACUGUAUAAGCAUAACAUUUUCAAAUAAAAAGGGAAGG